UUUGAAGACGACGUUUGACAACGAGGCUGAACGUGGCGAGCGUGCGUCAUGUGACAGUCACGUGACCCAGCUGUCGGGGCCCUGUUGCCAGUCAAGUCAGUCGGCUCACACAGCCUCACUCACACAUAUACACAUACACAGACCGAGCAGUGAACCGCGACAACCAGCCGAGUGGGAUGCCCGAGGUUUGCAGGCGUUAUGACGUUACCUGGAGGGGCGGUGCUCCUGUGGGGAUACAGCUGAUGGAGAGGAGUCCCUCCUCCUCCUCCUCCUCCUCCUCUUCCUCCUCCUCUUACACUCGCUGCCAUGAUCGGAUGAUGAGGACACAGCACAACGGCGGCGACACACAAGCAGCGCCGGGAUCGAGAAUGAGCCGCGGGACACGCUGAGCAGACACCUUAGCGGUUUACAUGUGUUUGUUUCUUCCUGGAUGUUCAGUCAUGACAAGUGCCUUCCCAACACCUAUUUUCCAACUUUUCUGACAUUUUUUUGACUCUCGGAGAGGUUUUCACUGAUGUCCAGGGACUCGCAUAUACUAUGCACUAUCGCUGUCUCGCGCUCAUCAUCGAACCUGUAACCUCAGCACGGGACUCUUGAAGUGAGGACCCUCACCCCCUCAACCAGCCACGGGUAGCUUCUCCUCGUACGACGCAGGGAUGUUUGCCUCCGUGGAGCACGGCCCGGUCCUCUGCAGCGACUCCAACAUCCUGUGCCUGUCCUGGAAAGGCCGCGUGCCCAAGAGCGAGAAGGAGAAACCGGUGUGCCGGAAGCGCUACUACGAGGAGGGCUGGCUGGCCACCGGGAAUGGCCGGGGGGUCGUCGGCGUCACGUUUACAUCCAGUCACUGCAGGCGGGACCGGCCCACCCCGCAGAGGGUCAACUUCAACCUCAGAGGGCACAACAGCGAGGUGGUCCUGGUCCGAUGGAAUGAGCCCUUCCAGAAACUGGCCACCUGUGAUACAGAUGGCGGCAUCUUUGUUUGGAUCCAGUACGAAGGCCGUUGGUCCGUGGAGCUGGUCAAUGACCGCGGAGCUCAGGUGAGUGACUUCACGUGGUCGCACGACGGCACUCAGGCGCUCAUCUCUUACCGCGACGGCUUUGUGCUGGUGGGGUCCGUCAGUGGGCAGAGACACUGGUCCUCCGAGAUCAAUCUGGAGAGUCAGAUCACGUGCGGUAUCUGGACACCUGACGACCAGCAGGUUUUGUUUGGCACCGCUGACGGACAGGUGAUCGUGAUGGACUGCCACGGGCGCAUGCUGGCCCACAUUCUGCUGCACGAGUCGGACGGCAUCGUCAGCAUGUCGUGGAACUACCCCAGCUUCCUGGUGGAGGACAGCAGCGAGAGUGACACGGAUUCUGACGAUUACCCCCAACAGCGUGUGCACAGCCACAAACCUCUGCUGACAGUCAGCUUCACCUCCGGAGACAUUAGCCUCAUGAACAACUACGAUGACCUCUCCCCAACCCUCAUCCGCACCGGUCUGAAAGAUGUGGUCGUCCAGUGGUGUUCACAGGGGGACCUUCUUUCGGUCGCUGGCAUGGAGAAGACGCUCCUCUCCCACGACCCCUCUUGUCCUCCCACCAGGAAUGCUAUUGUCAAGUUCUAUAACGUUCGGGGUGAACACAUUUAUACACUGGAAACACCAGCACAGCGCCCCAUCACCACCCUCUGCUGGGGCCACCGGGACUCCCGUCUCUUCCUUGCGUGUGGCCCGGCGCUCUACGUGGUGCGUGUGGAGCACCGUGUCGCCAGCCUGCAGCUCCUCUGCCAGCAGGGCAUCGCAACGGCCGUGAAGGAGGAGAAGGACGUGGCCAAGCUCACCAUGCCGUCACGCCUCUGUUCCUAUGUCACUUCCGCUUUUUUCCCCACCAUCAAGCAGCCCAUUCCAGACCCCAACAACAUGCGCGACUUUGUGAGCUACCCAACAGCUGGCAAUGAGCGUCUGCAUUGUACAAUGAAGCGUACAGAGGACAACCCAGAGGUGGGGGGUCCCUGCUACACUCUGUAUUUGGAGUACUUAGGGGGUCUGGUGCCCAUUCUUAAAGGACGACGAAUAAGUAAACUACGCCCAGAGUUUGUCAUUAUGGACCCCAAGACGGAUGGAAAAACAGAUGAAAUAUAUGGCAACAGUCUGAUAUCAGCAAUGAUUGACAGCUGUAACUGCUCAGACUCCAGUGACAUCGAGCUCAGUGAUGACUGGGUCGGCAAGAAGUCUCCAAAGAUAUCCCGGGGCAGUAAGUCCCCCAAGCUACCCAGAGACUUAGUUUGUCCCUUUACCAACAGAAUCAACAUCGAUCCCAGGAAAUCACCAAAACUCUCUCGUGGUGCCCAGGAAGUUUCCAGGUCACCGCGGCUACCAAUACGCAAACCCUCCAUUGGAUCACCUAGUCUAACACGGAGAGAAUUUCCUUUAGACGACAUUACUCAGCAAAACUACCUUGCUCAGGUCACAUCAAAUAUUUGGGGAACAAAAUUCAAGAUUGUCGGGCUCGCUGCAUUUUUGCCAACAAACCUUGGUGCAGUCAUCUACAAAACCAGCCUCCUCCACCUGCAGCCCAGACAGAUGACAAUAUACCUGCCAGAGGUGCGCAAGAUCUCCAUGGAGUACAUCAACCUGCCCGUCUUCAGCCCCAACGUCUUCAGCGAGGACGAAGACGACCUGCCCGUCUCGGGCCCGGCCGGUGGUGUAGACGACAAAAACCCGCCCUGCACUGUCAACAUCCCAAUCGCGCCCAUCCACAGUCCCGCUCAGGCCAUGUCCCCCGCCCAGAGUAUCGGCCUUGUCCAGUCCCUGCUAGCCAAUCAAAACGUUCAGCUGGAUGUUCUAACCAACCCCACGGCCACCUCACCGGGAGCUGCUGCUGCAGCAGCUGCUAGUUCCGACCAAAGCCAAGACACCGUCCUUACAGCCCAGUACACAGUCCCUACUCGAUACUCAAGUCCUGGUCAGGUCAUCUUUGGAGGGCUCGACAUGAGUCGCCUCACGGUCGGAGCUACACACUCUCAUCAGCCUUCACAACAACAACAACAACAACAACAACAACAACAACAACAGCAGCAGCAGUUACAACAACUCCUACACCAUCAGCAACUACAGCACCAUCAACAACAGCUACAGCAGCAGCAGCAGCAGCAGCAACAACAGAUGCUCCAGCAGCAGCAGCAACAACAGCUACACCAGCAGCAGCUUCAACACAUGCAGCAGCAGCAUCAUCAUCAGCAACAGCUCCAACAGCACAUACUGCAGCAGCAGCUGCACCACCAGCAGCAAAUGCAUCAGAUGCAGCAACAACAGCAGCAGCUUCACAUUCAAAUCCCCGUCUCCUCCAUGUCAUCAGCACAGACCUCCGGAGCGGCCAUGCUUCCGACGGGUGCGCUGCAGAUCCAGAUCCCUCACCCGCCGCCCGAUCUGCUUGUCGAGAGGGGAACCGCGGGCGAACACGAGAGCCUCCUGAAAAUAAAGACGAUGCGUUCUGGUCCGCAGUUGGCCGAGGCCGACACGGUGGUCUUCAGCGCACCGCCAGAGCUAAGUAAAAUGAACCCCCCACCUCCCUAUCCCGGAACUGUGGCUGCUGCAGUGGCGGCAGCUGCUGCCGCGGCGGCGGCUGCUGCUUCCAUGUCGGCCUCCAGUACGCCCUCAAAUGCCUCAUUGGGAACAACUGGGGGCUCCACUGGAACGCCACCUCCUGGUGAUCUCUGUGCAAAGAAGGGGGACAUACAACUGUAUCCCCUAAGUCACCAACAAAGCCAGUACACCACACCACUGGGCUAUGAGAGAAUCACCACCUUUGACAGCAGCGGUAACGUGGAGGAAGUCUGUCGUCCUCGAACCCGACUUGUCUGUAAUCAGAAUGUCUACAGCAUGCAAGGGCCCGGAAGCUCUGCAACCCUCAGGGUCACCUCUUCAUCCUCAUCCUCCUCGGCAGAAGGCAAGAAGAUCCAGCUGCCGUACAGCUCCGCCACACUCAACAGACUCGCCGCACCUCGCUAUUCCAUACCAAGCGGGGACCCUCCCCCGUAUCCAGACCUGGCCAACCAGAAUAGCGGCAGGAAUCCUGGACAGAAGCUGGACAGCAGUCUCAUCCACGCCACUCUUAGGAGGAAUAGCCGGGAGGCCACCCUCAAAGUGUCCCAAAUGAUAGAGCCGCCCAGACCGCUACCACUGCCACCUAAAGCUAAAAAUAGCAGUGCACUAGCGGCCUCCUACCAGCAGAGGGUGCAAACAGCCUUAUACACCUGCAGUCAGUGUAGCAGCGGGUCCAGCCUUGGGGUCACGGCUCCAGGCAGCGCCAAUGGAAUAGCAGGGGGUACCAUAAUCAGACAGGAUUUUCCUCCAGGGAACGGAGCGCCGCACAGCACAGUUAUCGUACACUCCAACAGCGGUGCCCCUCUGGCCUCGCAGUCCUCUUACAGCCUGCUCAGCUCACUGGAAGGAUCUGGAUCCACCGCAGGAGGAAGCAGCAGCAGAGACCGGAUUGAUUAUGUUAAUUCAGCGUUUACUGAGGACGAAACGCUCAGUCAGUCCCUCAGGCAUUUGGCUUUAGGAGCAAAUGAUACGUCAGGCCUGCUCGUUAAACACCCACCUCCCUAUCACUGGGACCCCGCCACCACGGAGGAGGUGUGGGUCCCUCAGGAACGAAUUGCAACGCUCAACCCCGCCGGCCAUCCGGGACCCCACAAGCCGCACCCGCUUAUCCUCAGCCCGGCUCAGCACUUAGACGUGUCCAGGCUACCGUACGUGCUGUCUCCGAAGUCUCCCACGACACCCGGUGCUGCGUCUUUUCAAGCCGCCGCCGGGUACCAAAUUUCUCUCCAGUAUCCCGCAGUCACUGCCUACUCGGGAGCCCAGCUUCAGCCCAUCCUAACGUCACCACGCCCCUGCUCCUCCCCAAAAGAAGUGGUGGCACCAGUGUCUCUCUCACAGCAGGACACAACCAUUGUCUUACCUGCCGGUUACCCUGCCAGUCUAACCAACCUGGCCUGCUGCCCACUACCACCUAUGUACCCCGCGGGAAACGCUUGCGCCGGGAUUCCCAUUCCUCCCAUCGCACUCCACACACCGUGGGGUACGUAUAACUCGUGCCCCCCUAUUCCCAGUCCUGCUGUGCCCCUACCGCCCAAAGCUUCCCAUAUGGUGGUAGACAAAAAUGCUCUUUCACCACCACCACCACCGCCUCCGCCUCCUCCACCGCCACCCCCGCCGCCACCACACGCAGAACUGCAGAAUCACACAGGGUUACAGGAAGCCAUGGCAGAAACCGGGGAAGGUUUCCAGGAAGUGCUGUCCUUAGCCGAGAGCCCUGUGCCGCCUCGGUCGGAGAAGUUCAGCAAGAAGAACCGCAAGAGGGCGGACGGGCGGGCGGAGGAGGCCAAUGUGCCGCCUCUGGCUGAAGGGAGCAAGUCCAAAAAGGAGGGCAGGGCACUGGGGGACUUCAACUCCCUCAUCUCCAGUCCACGGCUGGGAGGGAGGGACAAGAAGAAGGUGAAAGGACCGAAGGAGCAGCUAAAGGCCAAGAAGCUGAGCAAGGCCACAGCCAACAGCGAGUUCCAGGACAGCUCAGAGAGCGAGCCGGAGCUUUUCAUCAGCGGGGAUGAGCUGCUCAACCAGUGCCAGAGCGGGAAGAAAGGCUGGAAGACGAAGAGGAACCUCAGGGCGGCCAGCGAACUGGAGGAGAUGAAAUGCCGUAAGGCCAAUGAGAAGGAGGACCGAGGGCUGGGCAGCCAGGGCUUCGUGUACGUCAUGGCAAACAAGCAGCCGCUGUGGAAUGAGGCCACGCAGGUGUAUCAGCUGGACUUUGGUGGACGCGUCACGCAGGAGUCCGCCAAAAACUUUCAGAUUGAACUUGAGGGCAGACAGGUGAUGCAAUUCGGUCGCAUCGACGGCAACGCCUACAUCCUGGACUUUCAGUAUCCCUUUUCUGCCGUGCAGGCCUUUGCGGUGGCUUUGGCAAACGUCACGCAACGCCUCAAGUGAAAUGCCGCCCUGCCACACGUGGGGUUUAAGAAAGUCACCGUUUUUUCACAGAGACACACCCGGACAGAGAGACAGAGAAGACACAAGGGGAAGAGAUCCGAUCCCGUUGCACUACGCGAUGCUGCCACUUGAGGCGCAGUUGCCGAGCGCUGCGCUUUUGGCAACCGUCAUGCAAAUAAACGCUGCUUUCGUUAGUCGAGUUAAAUUGCUUUUAGACGACCGAGUGAGGAAACUGUCACUCGUUUUUUUUUGGUUUUUUUUGAAAGGAGCAGCAGUAAUACUUGAAAACCACACUCUGGUGAUAUGUUGUUUUUCUCCAGAGCACACACAGGUACUACUACUGGCCACUCAAAUCCAUGGCUGUACAACACUCACCAAUAGAUGACACUGCUUUUGCUUUUAGGGAGUAUUUGUGACACAAAAUGGUGGACGGUCGGCUUUUGUUUUCGCUCUCUGCCAUUCCUUUUGCUACUGUCAGUUCACACGUCUUACACCGGUGGCGUUGAAAUAUGUGGGUUUUUUUUAAUGUUGUUUUACACGCUGUUGAAGGAUGUAGACUCGUGGAUUAAGUUAUGCGUACUGUACAUUUUGAAUCGUCGCCAUUGUUUGCGUUCUAUGUAAUCACCCCAUCCUGUCAGCACACGCCGCUUUCAUUCGGGAGACUUAAGUUGUGAUAUUACUCUUGUAUUAACGUCUCUAUGACGUCAGCCAUGGCACCUGUUGUCACUUCUGUGAAGUGAGUGUUCAGACCCCACCCCUCCACUCUUAAACACCACACUUAAACGAGGUGCAGGGAAUAUUUUUCUACAUUUCUCUCACAAUCUCCUCUGACAGAAUACACAUAUCAGUCAUAUAAUAUGAAAGCUGAUUUUUGUGUGUGUGUGUGUGUAAAGAGACUUGGGUGACUCUGCCACUGUGUUUCAAUGCUGUAAUACUGUUCAAUGCAAAUACUGAAAUCAUCUUUUGCUGAUUUUGUUUGUCUUUUUAAAAGUCGUAACACCAAUGAAGGAUGAAGCCAGUGUGUUGACUCUCCAAAUAUAGUUUGUUGUUACAUCACAACAAAACUCAUGUUCGAUGAACAAAAACAACUUUUGGGGUGCAAUUGGACAACCUCAAAAUUUUGUACAAGAAUGAAGUCGUAUUAGGAGUUUGUUAUUCCUCAAAAUUAAAGUUUAAAGAUUAAAGUUAUAAUAUUAAUGUCAAUAUUCCCCACUUGAAAAUGUCAGUAUGCUGUUAAACUGUACAUUGUGAAGCUAGUCUUGAUGUGACAAAAUGGACCUCGUGACUACCUUUUUGUAGUGUAACUUGACAAUAAUAGUUCUGUAAUAUAUAUAUUUUUCCCCUUGUAAUAUUCUGACUUUACUCUGUUUAGAAAUUACAGAUUUUUCCCAGAAUAAUAAAACAUUCUCUAAAAUUAUGCCAUUUUUUUCUCACGGUAUUACAACGGCAAUCUCAAAAUUAUGACCUCAAUAUUUCAACUUUGUUAUCAUAAAAUUAAGACAUUUUUUCCAUAACAAUAUUGCAGGUAUUGGUGUUGUCUUUUUAAUAAAUAAAAUUGCAACUUAA